AUGGUAGAGGAAACAAAACUUACGAAGAAGCAAUUAAAGGCUCAACAGUUCAGAAAGACCAAAGAUGAGCGUGAACAAGAAAAGGAUUUAAAGAGAUCUGCACCUGCAGAAACCACAGAGGCACCACAAAAGAAGAAGAGAAAGACACGUAGAGGUCGUGGUGGUAAGGGGAAGAACGGUGCCAACAAGGGUAACAGGUUCCUUAUUUUUGUUGGUGGGUUACCCAAGGAUAUUACUGCUACAGAGUUACAAGCGCAUUUCAAGUCCAGUUCACCUGACCAAAUUAGAAUAAGAGGUGACAAGGGGAUUGCCUUUUUAGAGUUCGACGCGGAUAAGGACAAGACGGGCAUUCAAAGACGUAUGGACGUGGCGUUGUUGCAGCAUAGAACUCUGUUGAACGAUAAGAGGAUCAAUGUGGAGUUGACGGUUGGUGGCGGUGGGAACAGUCAAGAUCGUCUGGAGAAGUUGAAAAACAAGAACGUCAAACUGGAUGAGGAGCGUCGAGAGAGAUUGCACAAAAUGAUGCAAGAGGGAGCCGAGAAGAAGAGGACAGAAGCAGCAGCACCUGGUAAGAGCACAAGCACGUCCAGUGGCACAGGGGCCACGGGAGCCAUCCAUCCAGACAGAGCCAAGUUGUUACAGAAGUAG